ACCACACACUGACGGCUUCUUUCAGCGAAGAAGAGCCGCAGGAAUUGCCAGGAAGGAUACCUUCAGCUCAGCUACCGUUAAUAGACUGGUCGUUACCUUAGUAAAAUCACCUUCUUGUUUUGUUUUUGAUUGUUGUACAGUGCUAAAAUCGGUCGGACUCGUGUGUUAAAUGUGACUUUUGUAUUUGACGACUGUGUCCUCAGUCUGCGCUUUAAAGCUCAGCGUCCUCGCAGCUAACGUUAGCAACAGAGCUGCUAGCGACCAAACAGGUCGACUGAGAGGAUGAAUCUGGUCCAGAACAGAACUUUACAUCCUCACCUACGGGAUGAGGAGGUUCUGGUGGUGGAAAACGCCAUCCGGCUGGCGAUAGACUCCAUCAUAAAUGUGCUGUACGGCGUCAACAGUUCCAGGACCCACGAGUACCAGCGGAUGGUGGCCGACAGGGACAAAGAGAUCCAGCGGCUGGAGUGCAGGCUGACGGAGAUCGAGCACGAGCUGCAGGUGCUGCGGGGCCACGGAUGCACCUGCGGGCUGAGCGGAACCGAGCACCGGCUCGGUGGGUCGCAGGGCUCCGGUGACCGGCAGAGAGCAGAGCAGAGCGGCUUCGAAGCGGGCUGCACGGACCCUGAGGUGACAGCAGGGCAGCAGGAGUGUGAAAUGACGAUAUCAUUGGGCCUUUUUGCCAGACCACCCUCACAUGUGUCCUCUCAGAGCCACGAGUCGGCUCCUCUGUCCUCCCCCAGCAGGGUGGGCUUGGACCAGACCUGCACCUCACACUCCUCAGAGGCUUCAGGCUCCACUGAGGCAGCCAGGAAUAUUCCUACGUCUCCCAGCAGCCUCGUUGUCAAAGAAGAGCCCUGUGACAUCGACACAGUCCUAAUCAAGUGGGAGAUGAGUGAGGAGAGAUUCACGGAGCAUCAGGAGAGUGCAGGCGGACCGUGUCAGGACAGCCAGAGCCUCAGUGUAAAAAAAAAAUUAGAGAACACAGAGAGAAAGAAGGUCAGAGAGAAGCCUCAAGCCGAUCCUGGUGGAUUUCAAAUCACUGAAGGAGAACAACUGAGGAACAAGAAGAAGAGCGUGCCGAUGUCCGAGCUGCCGGAGGAGGCUCAGAGACUGAAGAGGGCGGCCUGGAGGGCAGCUUCCAGACGCUAUUACGCUCGAAAAAUAGCCCGCCAGCAGGCAAACCCCUCAUGCCUCGGCCCCUUUCCCCACGUCACAAACUCAUUGUAUUCACAGCCCAGCUCCUUCAUGGAUAAGAGGCGGAGGACGCUGAUAUCGGAGCUGCCUGAGGAGUCUCAGACGCUACAGAGGGAGGCUUGGAGAGCGGCCUCCAAGAGGUACUACGCUCGGAAAAUGGCGCGCCACCAGACGGAUGCGACGCUGUACGGACACCUGCUGGAGGACAUAAGACCACCUGGAGACGGCGAGGGUCCGGACAGAGAGGGACCCCACACUAACAGUGGAGGAAUAAUGUGCAGCUGAUAGACAGCGGAGAUGUUUUCAGACAUUUUUCUGGAUUUGUGGUGUGCGCCACACUGGACUAUGUUUGUAAUCUUCUAAUUAAUGAUGCUGAGGUUUGUCUCAGUUCUUCUGGUGUGGUGAAAUCCGCUGUUUGUUUUGACAUUUGUGUGUUUACAGUUUAUUUGUGCAGCCCUGAGCACAACACUACACUCUGGUUCUUCAGCUUUCUCCUGAUUUCUGCCUCAAGGUCAAUUCAUGGUUCCUGAUGAUGUAUUCUGUUGCUCUGUUCACAGUAAAAGGUGCAUUUCCCUCAUGAAAGGCUGCGACUGCACUUUUUCCAGGAUCCUAGCGCCUUAUUACAGACUUGACUGUAGAGCAGCAAUAAUAAAGAUUAUUUCUAUUGUCUGUUAAGCUGUUGUUUUCCAAUUCGCUGAUUAAUAGAUAGAAUGCUAGAAACUGAUCAUUUAAAAAAUGUAUGUCAGUGUUUCUUAAACCGGAAUCCGUUGUGUUGCCAGGCAGAUUUACACAUACGAGGAAUCUGAUUUGAUGUUAUUAAACGCUAAGAAGCAGAACAUUUUAUUUACAAGGAUGAAAGAUUUAAAAGCACAAGUGUAGCAAAUCCAAUAUAAAAGUCAAAAAUAUUUACACUGUGCAAGAAUAUAAACAUUUUUCACCUUAUAAUUUACAAGAUGAUGCCCAAGAUGACAGACUUCUUGGUUUAUCCACAUCCCAAAAAUAUGAAGUCUACUGUCACAGGGGGAAAAUGGAAAGUAAUCACAUUUAAGAUGCUGAAAACAGAGAAUUCUGUCGAUUCCCCGCCAAAAUUCUCCAACAGAUAAAUGUCAAUAAAGCUGCUGAUUAAUAGUUGGCUGAUUAAUCACUUACUUCUUGCAUGUUUCGGGCUGCAGCACCGUGUCAGUCUGAGUAUUCAGUGGGUGAACAGAGCACAGCAUCUCUGCACAAUUUAGAGCUUUCCACAUCCCAAUCAGAGCACCAUUCAGUCUCCUUGUACAUCAUCUCCUUUCAAAGAACCACUUGUUUCGAGCUCUGUUGGUUUUCCUGGAGCAUGUGCAGCCUGCACACAUUUGUCCCUGCUCUUGGACCCCCGCAGAGUGCUGGACCUCUGCAGAAACACUGACGUAGAAAGCAUGAAUUGGCCUUUGUUUGGCACACUGCAUGGCAUGUCUGUACAAAAUACUAUCUGCAGUACUGAGGCGAUUUGAAUCUGCUCUACCAGCUGUUUGACAUUCUCAUGUAUCGUCCACUGUUAACAGAACAGCGCCCCUGGAGUCCAACAUCUGCAACUACAAUCAAAGCACAACUUCCACAUCUUUAUGUUGAUGGUGGGUUAACAACUACCAGCUGUAGUUUUACUGGUAAAACCUUCAAAAUGUAUUUCUUCUAUUUGAACAUAAUAAAAACGUGUUGAAUACAA